UUCCCCGUUUCUAAUUACGAGUCCAAUAUUAUUACAUCUCUCAGUUUUCCAUGGUACUCCCCGGCCUGAUCAUAUUCAACCUCUCAAAUUGCAGGUAAAUGGAAUGAAUUUUUGCGUUGAGGUAUCUGCAUCACUGUUAUGAACCUGCAAAAGUGUGUGAGGAUUUUGAGCAGACGAUGACGAAGAAACGGUGGAAGGCGUCCACAAAGCAAUUUGCAAGUCAUAUUGACCCACAUAAUGAAGAAGAAAUCAAAUGGAUCAAAAUAGAACUUGAGAAUAAUGUGAAAAGGAUCAUAAAGCUGAUCAAGAGCAACGUAAACCAAGGGAGUCGUGAUUCGAAUCAAAAGAGGAAAGCUGAACUGAUCCAAUUGGUGGAAGAUUUCCACAAACAAUACCAAUCCCUUUACUCCCUCUAUGACAAUCUAAAGGGAGAGGUGAGGAAAAAAUGUCGCGCAAAUAACGAUAGUGCUUCUUCUUCCUCCUCUUCCUCGGGUUCCAGUUUAGACUCAGAGUCAUACUUCUCUCCCGAGGAGUCUGCUGGAGUAGGAGGAAGAAGUGGUGGUUCAUCCGGUAGUGACUCUUCCUCCCGGAGGAGGAGGGCCAGUAGAAGCCAAGAAGAAGAGCUGGACCUUAACACUGUCGAAGCUGAAACUCCUCCUGGUUCUGAUGAUGUCAUUCUAAAGGAUACAUUGACGUCCACGACCGAAGUGAACGUGGACGAUUCUGAUUCAGCUUAUAACGAUGAUCGAGUCCCCCGACCUGAAGAACUCAUCAUCAAAGACUUGGGGAUUCAAUAUGAAGAAAGUGAGAGCAAGUUCAUCAAGGAAUGCUCCAUCUUAAAGGAAAAAUUGGUAGAAAAAGAAGAACAUCUUUUGUGCAUUACCAAGAAUUACGAGGAACGAAUUGCUGGUUUGGUCCUAGAGCUUCAAAAUUCCAACUCUCUAACUAUAGAGCUUGAAGAAAAUAUUAAGACCAAAUCUGAUGAGGUAAGCCGGCUAUCAGAAGAGAGUAAAACAACAUUUGAUCAUAUUAAGUGUUUAGAGGUUGAAAUUGAAAGUUUGAGUCUGCAGAAGGCUGCACUUGAAGAGAAACUACAAUCCAGAUCCGUUGAAAUGGAAAGAAAACUUAAAGAAAAGGAAGACGAGCUUUCUAAUCUUCUUCGGAAACACGAGGACCUGCAACAACAAUCAAAUCUAAGUUCUAUAGAAAGAUCUGAUCAAGUAGAGGCCUUAACAAAAAAGAUCAACUCUCUACAACAAGAAGUUGGGUAUCUGAGUAAUAAAAAAGCAGAACUGGAAAGAUCACUUGACAUGAAAUCAAAAGAAGUAUCGGAAUGCCAUUUGAAGUUAGAAUCAAUGGAACAGAAAAUAUCACUAGAAGAGAAUAGCCAGAAGCCUAGUUUGAGAGAAGGCAGUUUAUCAAGUACAGAAAAGGAAAAACUGGAGAGAAAACUUGUCGAGCAAGAAAACACUAUUAAAAAACUGAAGAAACAAGUGAAUGAGAUGCAGGAUAAAUAUGAAGAAGCAAACAUGAACUUCCAGAAUGCAGAGAGGAAGAUAGACGAGAUGCUUGAGGAGUUGCGGAAGAAGUACGAAGACAGCCUUAGAAUCUUAAGCAGAAGGAUCCGAGUUGCUGAACAGCUCCACGCGGAGAACAAAGAAUGGUACCUCAAAACAAGAGAAACCUACGAGAAGGAAAACAACGUAGGUAUCAAGAAAAUCCAAGAAAUGUCAAUAGCUGCAAAUGAUGCACUUGCUUCACUCGACACAGUUUCUCUAGAUUUCGAGAAGUGCACGUCGAACUUCAUUAACCGGAUCUCGAGCGCUUCGUGUGAGCUCAACUUUGCAAGGGAUUGGGUUUCGAGAAAGCACAAAGCGAUGGCCCAGAUAAAAGUUGACAUGAACUGCUUGAUUUCUCAGUUGGAUGAGAAGGAGGCUGAGAUAUUGGUUUAUAGAGAGAAAGUAUGGAAGUGUGAGAAUAAAGUGAGGGAUUUGGAGAAGAUUAUCAAAGAAAGUGAAGAUUCAAUGUGUGAUCUCAAAGAGGAGAAGAGGGAAGCGAUCAGACAGUUGUGUGUGUGGAUUGAUUAUCACCGGAGCCGGUGUGAUUAUUAUAGGAAAAUGCUUACUGAAGUUGGCUUUGUUAAGGCUCCAUAGAUUGAUAAAUUGAUCUUCAUUGCCCAUUCAUUUUUUGACUUGAUGAAGAAUCAUCCAAUGCAUAAACAGAUGCAGUUGGAGUGUUGAAUUUAUUUGUUAGAACAAGUUCUGUUCCACUCAAUUUUGUUGCUCUGGGGUCUACAUGUUACUCUUGGUCUAUGGUGUGAUUUCAUAGGAAAAACUGCACUUUGAUUCAUUGUUCCCUAUUAGGUAAUAGGGAGUUUGGAAUGGUAUUUCUCUUUCCAUUUUUGUACCUGUCCCUAAAUCAAGUAGGAAGCAAUAUAUUACUACGUACUAUGUAUAAAUGCAGUUCUAGAUAUAAUUCAACAAAUUAAGAGCAUGUUUCUUAUUGCUGGAAUUGACUGAAUCUAUUGAAAUUGAUGGAAUUUUGACUGAUUUGAUUGAAUUAAC